UAAAUUCAAACCUGCUCCGGCGGAUAGAGACGGACGCUACUGCUAAGAGAGAAGGGUAGAGAGAGCAAGGGAUUGAAAACCGAAGGGGCAAUAGGGCUUCAGUCAGCUUUCAGCUCUUCCAGCUAGACUGCCCGAGAACAGGGGAAGCUCAAAAGCUCGCAUUUGUCAAAACCGCGCAUUGUGCUCUCGACUUCUCUGUGAAUAAGCCAGUCUAUGUUCUGCGAUCGUUUGUGAUCUUGACUGCCGGUCGAAUGAUGGGACUCGCGAAAUACGAGAUGUGCGAUUUUUGACGUUGUUUUGUUGUUUUUUUUUCAGUGCGUAUUCGUGUUUUUCGAUGUUGAGAAUGAGUGGAUUAGCAGCCGCCUGGAUUGGUGUUUUAUUUUUGGCCGGCAUCUGCCACUGCGCCGACGACCUCUACUUCACCAAGAGCCCCCAGAACGUGGAAGUGGUGCAGGGCAAACCGGUGACCUUAGCCUGUGAGGUUGCACCCCCUGAAGGGGUAAGGUACUACUGGGAAUUGAACGGUUCCUCAUUAGAGAAUACCACACGACGUUAUCAGCGCGGCUCUGACUUGCAUAUUACCAGGGUCGACAGAGAAAGAGAUUCUGGUCAAUUCACUUGUGUGGCUGUGGAUCCGAAUGGGAUCUCUAUCACCAGUUCGUCAGCAUCUCUGAACAUUCAAUGGAUCGACGAACCGUCCGUCCAACUGCAGGAACCCGAGACGACGUCCGCGAUCCAGGCAGGCGGUGACGUCAUACUCAGAUGUCAUCUGGACGCUUCCGGAGACGUGCACUACGAGUGGUUCAGGAAUGGAGAUCGCCUGACCAAAUCACCUAGGAUAGAAAUAAAGAAGAAACGCCUCCAUCUGAAGUCAGUGAAACCCAUCGACAACGGUAUUUACAGAUGCGGUGCUAAGAAUGAAGCAGGAAUCAAGUACAGUAGCAAAAAUUUCGUUCUAGCCGUCCAAGGUGAUCAUGUCCCUACCAUCCAAACACCUCCAACAAACCAAGCUGCCAAGGAAGAUACCUCAGCCUUUUUCGACUGUGUUUACCAGGGCGCUGACGUCACUGAAUGGUACUUCAAGGACGUGGGACCUUUGCAUUCCACCGAAAAAUACAAAAUCCAUCCCAACCAAACCUUAGAAAUCAAAUCAGUAAAAAAUUCUGACGAGGGACUAUACAACUGUGUAGGCAUAAAAAGUGAAUCAACCGAAGUUCCUCAAAGCUACACUGCCGAACUAAAAAUUGCUCAACUGACACUAAUGAAUGACACCUCCUUUGAGCCACCUUUACCAUCUGGUGGAAAAUUCAUUCUAGCCGAGGGAUCGUCUUUUCAGCUGACGUGUUUGGAACCUCUAAGUUUUCCCGAAACCAAGAAGUGGUGGUUGAAUUCUGCAGGUCACACGGUUUCAGAUGCAGGUGAAGUGAAAGUGGACGACGAUGGACGUCUGAUAAUAGCUAAAGUUGACUUGAAACACUCUGGCAAUUAUACCUGUGCUGCUGAAAAUGUUGCUGGUAGAACGGAAAGAUCCAUUGAAUUGAUUGUCAUAACGCCUCCAGUGAUCGAAGCUCACCCUCAGAACCUCACAGUGUCGGAGAACGAGGAGUUCAAGCUGGUCUGUCGGUACGAGACCCAGUCAAAAGCAGUGACGGCGGUGAGGUGGAGAAAAGAGGGCAAGUUGGUGAAACACGAGUACGACCCGUCGAAUCACCACCAGAGGGUGAAGGUGUUCAGGGACAACGCCACCCUGUUGGUGCACAACGCACAGCCUCAGGACCGCGGAGAUUACGUCUGCGAAAUCUCGACGGAUAGGUUCGAGCCUGUCACCUCCAAGCCUAUCAGUGUAGCUAUAAUUGAAACGCUCAAGUUCGUGCCGCCACCUGUCGACAGAAACCUGGAACUCGGGAGUGUGGGUAAAGUGCACUGCAAGGCCCAAGGCACGCCACCGCCAACGGUGCACUGGGUAAAGAACGGCACCGAGCCCGACAGCUUCCCCGGCCACAUAACGGACAUGAACGGAACCCUCCAUUUCAACGGCGUCCUGAUGGAGGACAAGGGGGAGUACAGCUGCAUCGCCUCCAACAGCCAGGGCGUCAUCAACACCUCCAUCGUCAUCGAGGUGGUCGUGUCGCCGAAAUUCAACGUGACGCCUAAGAAUCCCACGGAGGCGACGGAGGGCCAGAGCGUCAUCAUCGACUGUGUGGUGGACGGCAAGCCGAAGCCUACGAUCCACUGGGACAAGAACCUGGCGAUGAACGACUUCGACAAGUCGAGGUUCAGCGUGUUGGAGAACGGCAGUUUGUUCAUCUCCGAGGUUAGGAAGGAGGACGAGAAUAAGUACGGAUGCACGGCCGGAAGUAGCGCCGGGUUGAACCGGAAGGAGACGCUGCUCAUCGUGAUACCUUCGGACGAUUCCACCGUCACCAAAGCCGUGUUGAUAACCAUGUCAGUGGCGGCGGCAUACAUCAUACUCGUGGUAGGGCUGAUGGUAUGGUGUCGAUACAGAAGGAAAUCUAGGAAGAUACCUGUAACCGAAGGAAAAUUAGAGAACGGAGAUGUCGAACACACGGAACUGAAGGAAGAUCCCGAUUCUGGCAGUUCUAAAAAGGGACUGAAUGGUAUCGAGAACCACAAAGAAGGACAGAAAAGCGAUGGAGCUGAAACAACCCACUCUCAAAGCUCUGGACAGUCGCGCAAGUCUAAAUCUAGCUACGAUAAGGUAACAGUCCCCAAGAGCCAUUUGAAGGAGACUAAACUGAUAGGUCGAGGUGAAUUCGGCGACGUCAUGUUGGGUAAGAUGUCCAAGAGCCAGAUACCAAACCAAGACAAACGUCAAUCUACCACCAACAGCAUAACCGAAGAUAAGGACGUUCUGGUACUCAUCAAGGCUUUCUCUCACACCAAGGACGAAAACUGCCUGACGGACUUCAAGAAGGAGAUCGAUAUAUUCUCGAAAUUAACUCAUGAGAAUGUCAUACAGAUGAUUGGCCUCUGUAGGGAUUCGGAGCCUCAUUAUAUGCUGUUGGAGUACACGGAUUGGGGUGACCUCAAACAAUUCCUGCUCGCGACGCAAAAGGGUUCCUCGCCUCCCCUGUCUCCAGUACAAGCAGCUGGAGUGUUACAUCAGAUUGCCAAGGCCAUGGACUACGUCUCUUCUCACCGUAUAGUGCUAAAGGACUUGGCGGCUCGUAACUGCCUGGUAACCUCCUCCUUGUCCGUGAAAGUGGGACUUCCGCGACUUACCAGAGAUCCUUACAGUCAGGAGUAUUGCAAACACGUCAACCAUAUCAUCCCGCUGAGAUGGAUGCCUUACGAAGCGGUCUACGAGGACGAGUUUUCAACCAAGAGUGACGUAUACUCUUUUGGUGUGGUUGUAUGGGAGGUUUUCAGUCAGGGAGAGCUCCCCUUCCCAAAACUAAACGACAACAGCGUGCUCACGAAGCUGAAGGAGAAGAAGUUAGAGUGGAAGGCUCAUACCUCGACCCCUGAAGAUAUCGAAGCUCUACAGAUGAACUGCUUGGACUUAGACCCACAGAAGAGGCCAGCGUUUUCAGAAAUAGCCAGCACCAUGGCAGAAAUCUUAACAAAAAUGUAAACAGCUCUAGGAAGGACAACCACAAUCAAGAAAAUUGUCCAGUUAAGCGUUGCAACGCUGAAGUGAGCGAAAGAUACGACCUAGGUCUUGUGAGAUUGGAAAAAAAGUUGUAGGAGUUCUUGGAACCUUCGCCUUGUUCGUACUCGUGGAGCUAUGUCGCCUGUAUGUUAAACAGUGUGUUCUUUUCUUGAUUAUUAUCGUUUCUUCGUUAUUGUCGCCGGCACCAAGAGCUGGUACGGUGGCUGUGCAAGAUAGCUUCUCAAAGAACUUAACGAAUAAGUACUAUUUAGGUAAUAAUCAUUAUGUGAGAUGCUUUAUGCAGAUCUGGAAGGAAAUUUGGACUUCAAAAUGAAGGGUGAUUUUUUAGCAACAUCCGAAGUAACUUAAGAUAUUCUUUCACGAAGUAAUCAGGUACUACUGGUAUCUUUGAUAGCUCUGUCUGUAAGAUGGAGGAAACUUUUAGUGUGACCAAAGUUUAGCACUUCAACUCCAAACCAGAAAAUUUUCUUUCAGAUCUGGGCAUCAAUAUUAAUCCAGCUGUGAGGCAAACCGAAUUUUUUGAACUUGUGAAUCACUGUUGAUAAUCGUGUAAGCUUCCAUUCGCAAAAAAAAAACGUACGAUUUUUUUCUCGUCAUACUUUCGUUUCAUUGCGUCGAUCUCGAUCUCUUCCCUUGUACAUAUCAUUUUUUUACCCUAAGGUAUAUAGGACGCGUUCUCUUCGAUCAUAUCAUUAGCGUAAAUCACGUGACCUCUUUUGUAUAUUCGGUGUCAGAUUCGCUACAACACACUGCCAAAAAAAAUGUUCGUAAUCACGUCCAGUUACGGUCACGAUGUUCUUGCCCUGUUAGGCGUAAGGUUUUAUACUUGUAAAUUUUAUGCGUUUUAUUAUUUUAAUUUUUUGUAUUUUAUGUUUUCGUCGAACACAACCAAAGAGAGAUUAUUUCAGAGAAAUCGAUUAGUUAUAGGUUGAUUGCGCAAAAAUCGGUACAAGUUGAGAUAAUUACUUUUUUAAUCGUUUUCUUUAAUUUUUUUUCGAAGAGUUUUUUCUUUGAAAAUUUGUCGUUUUGUUAAUAGAAACUUUGAGAAUGAAUUUCUUUUCUCAACUUGUCGCCCUGCGUUGUAUAAAAUUUUGCAUAGGUAUAUUAUUAUUAAUCCAUUGAGAAUCGGUUCAAUUUUUUUGAUCAGCUAAAUACACAUGCUGCCAUUUUGACAACGAUAAUUCGAUUUUUUAUACUGUCAUCGUUUUCAUUAGCGAAGUCGUAUUUUACUCGAGAUGAAACUAGAAUAAUUUUUUUCUAUAUCUAUUUUUAUUUUAGUCGUUAUCAACUGAACAAAAAAGGUUACUAGAAUUAAAUUUUCGCAAUUGAAAUGAAAAAUCAUUGAUACUCAUUUUCAUUUUUGGACGUGUUGUGUUUUUGAUAGUUUUAUACAGGGUGAAUCUCAUACAUAUUUCCUACAACACGAGACAUUGUAAAAAAAAUUUUCCGCCAGAAGUGAUAUUUUCAGAAAAUCUUGUAAAAAAUAAAGACAACCACAAAAAUUUCUAGUAACCUGAUAAUUUGAGAUGCCGGUUAUAUUUUAUUCGAUGCACUUUUUCCAUAUUUAUAGAUGUUGUAUAAUUAUAUUAUCAAUAAUUCUCAUUUUUCGUUUCAUAAUUAACCCGUAAUUAAUUGAGAUGUGUAGUUUUAGCUAUUUAUAAUAUCGAACUCGAUUCGUAUUGGAGCGGCCAUUGUUUAUGAACUCAUCGAUAGUUUUUUGUAUAUAUCCACUUGUAAUAUAUUUAUAAAAUUUGCUAAUCUGUCUAUAAGAAUGUAACGUAUUUAUAAAAUUAUAUAAUUAGGUAUAAUAGAUAGGAUAAAUUUUGAGGUUUAGCUUUUUAUAAUGAUUUUAUACUUGUACGUCUGACUUUUAUAUUGGAGCGUAAUUGUAUAAUUUGUAAUAUUCAAAUAAAAUACAUACAUGAUA